GAACCAGUGAGGAGGUUGAGCGCUUCGAUAAGCCCUUCGAACCCCUGCUCUGGAUCCUCGUGUUAUCCAGUCACCGUACCAAGAUCGCCCAGCGACCCCCCAGUACCCUACGCUAGGCCCUGCCAGCACGAUCCCUCUAGCACUAGAACAAUGCUACCUGUCCGUGCUCUCGACACCACCACGGUGGACCCUGGACACCAAGAUGCGGGCAGCAGUAUUAAUCGGAUGGCGGCCGCUCCUGAACCUGCGGUCAAGGACCGACCCUUUACUACGACACAAUCUGUCGCCAGCUCCAGCCGCCCGUCGACUGCGACAUCUGGGGUCGAGACUACCCCAUCUGGCAAUCCUCAAUCGUUCGCCCAGCGGGUAGUCCAGCAGCAACCACAACCGACUCCCACCACGAAGCGGAACAUGCAGAACGACUCCUCCCGGGAAACCGGCGGGAUGAGCGAAAUCGAGCGAGGGGCACCAGGUGACCCCAUCGGCCGGCGAAGAUCUCAGCUCAAUCCUGACGUACAAAAGAUGAAGAAUGCAUACUUCGAGAAUGAGUUCGCAGCCACAAAUAGAGACCCGGACCCACUUCGCACCCAGCAAGAGAGUCGGGCCAUUAUCAUGGCAGAAUUCCGAACAAACGUGAUCAUCGACGACGAGUUCAACUUUAUGAUAGACUUGACAUUUCUUCUCUCGUCCCGCUACCAAAGGCCAGUGUCCUCUAUAGUCGUAGCUGUAACACACAGCUGCUGCUUGAUGUUUGGUGGCUCUUUCGACUCAGCAUACACCUUGACAAUCCACACCUUGCCGAGUCUUACGCAACCCAUCACGAAUAAGCGCAAUGCCGCAUUGAUUCAGAGGCAUUUCGAAGAUAAGCUAGGCGUCAACCCAUCCCGAGGUUACGUGCGCUUUGUUCCCACGCCAGGUGACGAAGUGGCUUGUGGGGGACGAACUCUCACAGCCGAUCCUGAAGAACUGGACAAGGCCGGCUCUGGCGACGACAAUGUCUCGAUGACACGAAAAGCAUCAAAGCAGAAAUCCAAUCGGAGGUUGAGACCAAAGUCAUUCGCCAACGUCAAAACCUCGUCAGCACUCGACCUAAAAGUCCCCACGCCACCACCAAGUGCAAGAAGUGAACACAUGCAUAUUCCUCCAAUUCCAGAGGUUCCUCCCACGCCAACUGAGGACAGAGGAUUGCUCGGCUCGAGUGAACAAGGACGGAGGACGGCAGGCCGCCGGAAGAGCUUCAAAUUUAGCCUUUUUGGCAGCAAUAAGGCAGCAGCAACGCCCGAACUGCGCCCAAAUACGUCCUAUUCGUAAGACCUUACUGUAGGGCGGAUUGCGAGGCUGGUGGGGAUUUGCAAUAACAAGCUGUGUUGAGCUCACUUGGCAAGGCUGCGUUUCUCUCUCGAUUUCCCAAAUGGACAUUAU